AGGAGAGCUAAACUUACUCGCGGAAUGGAACUUUGUCAACUUCUUCACUAAAUUGGGUUUAGUAGCUCAAGCAGAUUACAUUUCUCAUAUAUUAUGAGUGUAUAUGGACCAUGAAGUAUCGGUGAACCAAGCAUUGUAGGUUUAGGAAGCGCUACUGUGAUAUAUUGAGUGUUGAUCGCGAUUCAAGUUUCUAUAUAAUUGGUGAGUAUGAAUGGGGUGAUGUCUCGAGGAGGCAUGGGCAACAGCGGGCAUCGCCACCCACCCUCACAGGAAGAACACAAAUACAAGAGCUUCAAGCUGAUUGCUGAUCCUCUCCUUGGACGUGGCAAACAAAAGGUCAUCCGCUAUGAUGGGAUCAUACCGGGGAAGGUGAACCAGCCACUGGUUGAUGUGAGAGAUCCACGCUCGAGGCUCACCAGACUCUGGAAGGACACAGAGCCAGCGGAUCUUCCCGUACCAAAGAUGAAGAUUGAUGCCAACUAUGUAGGGCCACCACCUCCAAGGGAACUCACUUUUGCGAACCUUAACGAUAACAUCCGCGAGGCAUUUCUUGACGACAUGUGUCGUAAGUUUGGCACAGUGGAGGAAAGACAGAUCUUCUACCAUCCGAAGAACGCGCAAGCACACGGGCAUCGCCAAGGUGCUCUUCGUGUCGACGAUGUCGGCCCGGGCGUGCAUCGAGAAGCUGCAACCACACGCCGCGUCAUGGGCAAGGUCAUGAGCGUGUUCGUCGACAACCACGGGUGUACAAAUACAAGGUGUCAUCACACACUACCAAGUCAUAAUGUUAGAGACGUAGAAAUGCACAUAUCGCUGAAAUCCGACGUGUUUGGAGCAACUUGUAGUUUUCUGGUUGAUGCUUGUAUAAACUGA